GUCGAGGAUUGAGAAAUCUACAGGAUGGAUACGGUCUCAUUACAAUCCUCCGUGUGAGAGCUACUACCUAUGAGCUCUGCGGCAAAAACCUCAGUUCGGACAAGGAUGCUCUGAUCCUCACAGAUUUUGUUUCGUCUUUUCCAUACUAAAAUGUUGCUCACAUUCAGAAUGACCUAACCUCCCAAUACCAAUUCAUGUCUCUCAUUUCCAGACGCUUAUACACAAUGGCGCUUCGACCGCCUGACAAACCCCUUCUCGUUGUUCUAGGUGCAACAGGAACCGGAAAAUCAAAGUUGGCCGUAGAACUAGCCACAAAAUUCAACGGCGAAAUCAUCAAUGGUGAUGCCAUGCAAAUGUACAAGGGCCUACCCAUCAUAACGAACAAAAUUCCCGAAGCCGAAAGAAACGGUAUACCACAUCAUCUACUGGAUUUUAUUGCAUUACACGAGAAACCAUGGAAGGUUCAUCAAUUUGUCAAGGAGAGUCUUCGUGUGAUUGAUGAGAUUCGAGAACGAGGGAAACUUCCUAUCUUGGUAGGUGGGACGCAUUAUUAUUCACAUGCGCUUUUGUUCAAGGAUGCGAUUUUGGGGACGGAGGACGAGGUUGAGGAUGAGGGUCAUUCUGAUGAUGAUCAGUCGGAUCAUCAGUGGCCGAUUUUGUCACAACCGACGAAUGAAAUCUUUUCCAAGUUGGAAGAGGUAGAUCCUGAAAGUGCCAGUCGAUGGCAUCCCAAGGACAGGCGAAAGAUUCAGACGGCGCUUCGAAUAUGGUUACGAUCUGGAAGGAAAGCAUCGGAUAUUUAUGCUGAACAGCAAGCUCGUCGGGCUGACUCUGCUCGCCUAUCCACAUCAUCCGACGCCAACGACCAAAUCUCAAAAUCUGAGACGGGUUUACGAUUCCCGACACUGCUUCUGUGGCUCGAGGCCGAAGAUGCUGUACUCAAAGAACGUCUCAACAAGCGUGUUGAUUCCAUGAUUGAAGAUGGCCUGAUUUCCGAGGCACGAUUAAUGGCACAGGUUGAAGCCAGUCUGAAUAAGACAGACAACCCUGUCGAUCGCACCAAGGGCAUCUGGAUUUCCAUUGGAUAUAAGGAACUUGAGCCUUAUCUCCAGGUGGAAGAAACAGGAGCCCAGGGCGAUUCAGAACCCAACUCGACGCAAAAGAAAAUCCUGCACGAGGCGAUCGAAGCCGUCAAAGCAGGAACACGACAAUAUGCCAAGAGGCAAAAUCGUUAUAUUCGCGUUCGGCUGGCGGAUGCAUUGGCUGACGCUGGACAGCUGCGACGACUGUUUCUCCUGGAUAGCACCAAGCUAGACCAAUGGGAGUCGAUGGUGUUGCAGCCAGCGGAAAGACUGGCAAAUUCGUUCUUGGAAGGUAAUGAGCUUCCGUAUGCAGCGACGCUAUCCUCCUUAGCGGAGAAAUGGCUGGGUAAGGUUGGAACUGGCAACAAUAAUGCGAAGCGUCUUGCUCGGACGUGUGAGGUUUGCAAUAAGGUUCUGAUGACGGACCAUGAGUGGGAUGGUCAUCUCUUAAGUCGCGGCCAUAAGAAUACGGUGGCGGCACAGAAGCGACGGAUGAGACAACUUCACCAGCCUUUGGAAUCGGCUUCGGCUUCGGCUUCGACGACAGGGACUUCGAAUAUUGACACAAGCAUGCCCUGAGUUGCUUGUCCUUGGGGAUGAGUGUCUGGCAGGCAGCGAUAUCCUCAAGUUGGUCCGUCUUGGGGUUGCUCCAUUGGUUGUGAUGGCUGUAGUGGCUGUGGUGGUUGUGUGCCUUGUUGAAGUUGAGGCAGGCCUUGCAAUCGCCAUUUCACAAACUUGGCUGAGAGAAUGUCACCAUGACCAGUCUCAACGGCCUUGUAAACUUCAAUGACGGAACUCUUCUCUCGCUUGCGAAUUUUCCAAACGCCUUCUUCAACCACCACACCUUUCAACCCUAGAAGACAAUGUCAAACAUACCCACCACCCUCUGAAUUGGCACAAACUCACAUUCCAGAAAACUCGACGCGAAAUUAAUACACGCCUGACCAUCCCACAGCCCUCGACCCUGAAGCCGAACCUUCUCCGGAAUAGCCUGCGUAUCAAGUUCUUCCACCCUUUCCAACAACCCCUGAUGAUUCCGAUAUCCGACCACAAUCUUCGGCACACCCAAUAAAAAAGACUGCGCCCAAAACUUCAAGAGUUUCCUCUCAAACUUGACCUGAUCCUUUUCAUUCUGAAUCAAAGCCGUGGUCUUCAACUCCACCCAAUUGACCUGCUGGGACUUAUCCACCGGUUUAAAAUCCUGCACCGCAUCAACCUCACCCCCAAUAACAAUCUUUACCUUUCCAAACCCCGUCCUCACAAUCGAACAAUAUUGAGCAUAAUUACUCACAACCAUCUUCUCCCUCGACUCAAUAUCCUCCCUCGUCGCAUCCGACCACGGUUUAUCCAGUAAAGCCACCGUCUCGAAUUUAUAUCCCCAAUAGCUCAUGAGAUCCUGCGACAUGGCGCCAGGAUGUGCGGGGGCGGUGUAUUGGUUCUGGCGACUAUCCAAUUUCUUCUCGUGACUUUCUUCGAUGAAAAGUGUAUCUUGGAAUACGGUGGCGUUCAUUUCCCAGUCGUCUAGAUAACUGAACGGGGAUACCAUGAUCUGUUACUGGGAAAUGAGUAGGAGUUCUGAUGUGAUCAUAGCAG